AUGUUCAUAGAGCGGAAUAUUGAGCAGAGCAACACACAUUGAGCAGUGCGCGCUUAAUAUAGAUAUUUCUGCCGUUUAUCUCUUUCGAAUCUCUAUAAAUAUCGGCUGACUGUACCCCCAAGGGUCGUGCCCCCCCCCCAGUUUGGGAACCACUGACGUAGUGAACAAAAGUGAAACUGAAGAUAAACGAUGAAUGUCUAAGCAGCAGCUCGGCUCCUGAUAUUUCAUGGACUGUGAAGAUAUGGCGACGGGACCCGAACCAUCACCUGGAACUAAAGGACAGAUGGAAAAACGCAAAUUUAAAGUGCUUCUUUUCCUAAUUUUUAUCAGUAUAAUUGGCAUACUAGUUGUUGUGCACAUGUACAGUCAUACAUAUUAUAUUCAAGCUCCUCCAGCAAAAAGAGCUCCUCCACCAAUAAAAGCUCUAUCAGCAAAAAAUGUAAAAAUCCCAGAGGCUUCAUAUUCAAUAACGCCCAUUGGAAACUCAAAGCAUUUCAUGGUGUCUGCGUUUAUCGACCAUAGACUGGACGGGGUCAUUCAAGUCAUCAGCAUAAUCAACAGAAACAGUCUUCAGCCACUGUACUGUGUUUACUGCAGUGCCAGACAAGUCUGCAAAACUGUUUACACUGAUGUCCAGAUACACAGCGACCACUUUGGAUACCCAUAUGGUGCCUCAGAUGUGAUUUGUAAAGGUGAACACAUGCAACAUGCAACUCAUGUCCUCAUAACUAAUGAGAAAGGUUCAGCGGACCUCAAAAUGGAAUAUCUGCCAAUAAAAAAUAAGGUUGUGCAAGAGACUUUCAAGUUUAACUUCACCGUUUGCAUCUCUAGCCUUUUUGGCGGCUACAACAAUGUACUGCAGUUUGCUCAAACGAUGGAGAUGUACAAGCUUCUGGGUGUACAGCAUGUGGUCAUCUAUAACACUAGCUGUGGACCGGACUUGGAAAAGCUCUUAAAACAUUAUGAAACAGAGGGGAUGCUGGAGAUCGUUUCAUGGCCUAUCGACAAGUUUUUGAAUCCAUCAAGAGGCUGGGACAUCAGGCUGCACAAGGGAGACAUUCAGUAUUACGGUCAGUUAGUAACACUCAACGAGUGCAUUUACAGGCACAUGUACCAAUCCAAGUACAUUCUCCUGAAUGAUAUUGAUGAAAUCAUCAUGCCUUACAAACACGCCAGUUUACCACCUCUUAUGGAGGACCUCCAGUCUGCUCAUCCCAAUAUAGGGGUGUUCCUUAUAGAGAACCACAUAUUCCCUAAAACACAGUUUGAGGAGAGUGGGAAGUUCAAACGUGCAGAAUGGAAGAAUAUUCCCGGAGUCAAUAUCAUGGAGCACAUCUACCGAGAACCUCCUCAAAAGAACGUUUACAAUCCCACAAAGAUGAUUGUCAACCCAAGGAAGGUACAGCAAACCUCAGUACAUUCCACUUUGAAAGACCUUGGAGGCAGUUUCCAUGUACCGUUUGAUGUGUGUAGGAUUGUACAUGUGAGAGUCCCACUGCAGGCACAUCUUACCAAAGAGCAACUUUUUGUGGACAGAAGAAUUUGGGACUUUGAGCAAAAACUGAUACAGAACAUUGACCAAACUUUAAAACUUUCUGGUUUCCUUUAGGUUUCCAGUUGACAUGUUUGUAUAGUUUUAAUGUAAUAGCCAAAAUCAUAUUUU